CUCUACUCAUUACGUCCUUUACAGGAUGGGUUUCACUGGUCUUUCAGGUGUGUUCUCCUCUCUACUCAUUACGUCCUUUACAGGAUGGGUUUCACUGGUCUUUCAGGUGUGUUCUCCUCUCUACUCAUUACGUCCUUUACAGGAUGGGUUUCACUGGUCUUUCAGGUGUGUUCUCCUCUCUACUCAUUACGUCCUUUACAGGAUGGGUUUCACUGGUCUUUCAGGUGUGUUCACCUCUCUACUCAUUACGUCCUUUACAGGAUGGGUUUCACUGGUCUGUCAGGUGUGUUCUCCUCUCUACUCAUUACGUCCUUUACAGGAUGGGUUUCACUGGUCUUUCAGGUGUGUUCUCCUCUCUACUCAUUACGUCCUUUACAGGAUGGGUUUCCACUGGUCUUUCAGGUGUGUUCUCCUCUCUACUCAUUACGUCCUUUACAGGAUGGGUGUCACUGGUCUUUCAGGUGUGUUCUCCUCUCUACUCAUUACGUCCUUUACAGGAUGGGUUUCACUGGUCUUUCAGGUGUGUUCUCCUCUCUACUCAUUACGUCCUUUACAGGAUGGGUUUCAGUGGUCUUUCAGGUGUGUUCACCUCUCUACUCAUUACGUCCUUUACAGGAUGGGUGUCACUGGUCUUUCAGGUGUGUUCUCCUCUCUACUCAUUACGUCCUUUACAGGAUGGGUUUCACUGGUCUUUCAGGUGUGUUCUCCUCUCUACUCAUUACGUCCUUUACAGGAUGGGUUUCACUGGUCUUUCAGGUGUGUUCUCCUCUCUACUCAUUACGUCCUUUACAGGAUGGGUUUCACUGGUCUUUCAGGUGUGUUCUCCUCUCUACUCAUUACGUCCUUUACAGGAUGGGUUUCCACUGGUCUUUCAGGUGUGUUCACCUCUCUACUCAUUACGUCCUUUACAGGAUGGGUUUCACUGGUCUUUCAGGUGUGUUCUCCUCUCUUUUCCAACCUGAAAUCACAAUGAUUAUUAUUUAUUACAACACAAAACGGUCCAGCACACUUAGACUACAACAACACAAAACAAAACAAAACAAACAACAACAACAACAGUUGAGACUAUUUUUACUGUUCUUAUUACACUAUUGAGUUUAUAUUUAUUGUCAUUUUUCCAAAAAUACAAACAAAAAAAAACUGCUAUUAUGUGGAGUUGUUACCAUGGCGAUUAUACACAGAAUAAUACUGUGUGUUCCAAAUGGAAUUCUUAUUCCCUAUAUAAGUGCAGUACUUUAUUUUGUUUACCAGGACCCUAAUAGAACUUUACUCAAAAAGUAGUGCACUUACAUAGGGAAUAAGGGUGCUAUUUUUUGGAUACAGACAAAUACACGCUUCUAUUGUUCAUGUUCAACUUGUGGCUCCUGAAAAAGCUCUGGUCCAGAAUCAGAUUGUGUGUUUUAUAUAAAGGACCAAAAACAGGGAAAACGGUGAUCUGUGUUUCUGUCUGUUCGAUACCGAUCAUCACAUCGCUCCACACCGAUGAGGAGAAACACAAAC